GGCAACGCCCUUUGUUUACAUGUAGAGUCCUGAAUCUGCAGCUCGUGCUCACGUUUGAAUGAUUAGAAAGGAUCCACGAGGCCGCAGGAUGAAACCCAAAGACAAGAAGAAGGCGGCGCAGGGGAAGCAGUCCGCGGGGGUGGACGGACUCUCAACCGAAGAGAGGUCCAAAGACCAGCUGGAGGAGCACAUCGUCCGCCUGCGGGAGGAGCUGGACAGAGAACGGGAGGAGAGGAGCUACUUCCAGCUGGAGAGGGACAAGAUCCAGGCCUUCUGGGAAAUCAGCAAGAGGAGUCUGGAGGAGACCAAGGCCGAGCUGAGGAUCAGACAGAGGGAGAGGGAGGAGGCGGAGGAGCGCCACCGGGUGGAGAUCACUGUGUACAAGCAGAAGCUGAAGCACGUCCUGUCCGAACAGCACAGCACUGUGUCGGGCCUGAAGAUAGACGUCGUCACGGCCGCCUCGCUGAUCCAGAACCAGAACGCAGAGACGGAGCUGGGGCUGCGGGGAGAGGUGCACAGCCUGCAGGCCAGCUACAGGAAGAAAAUGUUCCACGACGAAAACUGCAUCAAGGAGCUCAAACUGAAGCAGCAGGUGGAGCUGAUGGAGCUGACCAACGACUACGACAGGAGAAUCAGAGACAUGGCGGUGAAAUUUAAGAAUAAAAUGCAGUCGGCGCUGGAAGAACACAACAGAAAGAAGAGUGCUGAGAUCCUGGAGCUGGAUGAGCGAUGGAAAAGCCACAUCGUGACCCUGGUGGAGGAUCACAACCGAGCUCUGUUACACGCUGAGAAUUUAUUCUCUGAGGCUCACAAUAAAGAGUUACAGCAGCUGAAAUACAAGGAAGAACUGGUGGAGGUGAAGAAGAAGCUGGUGAGAGAGGAGAGGAAGCUAGCAGCAGCAGGGCAGGAGAACAAACAUCUGCAGAAGUGUCUGCAGGAGGCUGAACAGAAUCUUCCCCAGCUCCAGAAACAGCUGGAAGAACACAACAAGGACAGGACCGAGAUGUUGAAAACAAGAGCCCGAGUGAAGGUCAUCGAAAAGGAGCUGAAGGAUCUGAGCGUGGAGCACGAGCUGCUGCUGCAGGCCUUUGAGAAGGUUCAGCAGGAGCGCGAUGAGCUGCUGAAGAAACAGACGGCGGCCAUCCUGGACGUGCAGCAGCUGUGCGGACUGAAGGAGAUGUUGCUGGAGAGGAAGUUGGCAGCGCUGACGGAAACUCUGGAGACGAAGGAGGCGCAGCUCUGCGCUGUACUCUCCGCCUCCAACAUUGACCAAACUGCGAAAAAACUUGAGAAAACGCUGGAGUCCAAAGUCUCACCAUCAGCGCCUUAAAGGGGGAAUUGGCUCGAGACUGUUAGGUCAGUAGACAGAUUCUCCUGGAUUAAUCAGAGACAAUCGAUCGUUGAAUGUGUUGAUGACAUGAACAACGAGCUGCUGCAGCGCUCCAAAGAGAGUCUGAAGGCUCUGGGAGUCCCUCUGUACAACUUUCCCUUCAGACUCUCGGGUCAGAUCCUCGGAGGACGGACUCGGGUUCAGAACUCUCCCUCAGCUGUCGGUAAACUCUGACCUCCUGCGGGUGUGUGAGGUCCUCACUCACCUGCUCCACCUGCACUACUCGCCCUUUCUACCUCACUCUCUUUUCAUGAUUCCUCACAGACCAGCGGGAGAUCGUCAGACGUCUGCUGCACGUAUUUAAAAAGUAAAAAGACGUUCUGAUCUUCUUCAUCGUGUUGCAGUGAACUUGUGUUUUCUUUAUCAUUCUUCUGCUGACGUCUCUUUUUGUAAACCCUCCCCCCCCCGACACACUCCUCCUACAACUCCUGCAGGGACCAUCACGACCCAAAUGUCGGAUAUUUUUCAACCAUUCCGAUUUAUUCAUGAAAAAGUGAACAGUUUGACCUCCGGCGGUACAACAGGAACAAAACAAACAUGUUCAAAAAGCUCUUCACAGAUUUUUGACACUUAUUUUUUCAGCGACCCACUUCUGGGUCCCGACCGGCCAGUUGAGAACCACUGCUGUAACAACAAUACUGACCUUUUGACCUCAGACAUCAUGUGACCACUGUUUCCUGCUUCGAUCUUCAUCUCUGUCUAAGUGCUAGUACGUACAUGUAAGGUCGCCAGAAGGCUAAAUAUGGGGAAUAAACGUGUUUGUUUAGCAUCAUUUUCUAACUGUUAAAAUCCUCUUCUCCAUGUUUCUCUGACUUAAAUAUGUGUCUCUAGUCCGUCUACAAAGCCCCCAAUGAUGAGAAAAACAGAUUCAGUCGCCCAGAUGCUGCGUGGACACGUUACUGAUGGACACGAUAAAACCUGUUCCUGUUAUCUUGAGACUGAACGUCCCAUUUGACCUCAGAGGAGAUUCUGUUGAAAGGAUAUCCUCACAGAUGAAGCCGCUGUCUUUACAGAAAAACUUGACAUUUGACCUGUAUUUGUCUGGAUAUUCACACGUGAUGGUGGUUUUAACCGUUCUAUAUGCUGCAGUCUGAUCAAAUGGAUCCCCGCACAAAUCCUCAUCUGCAAACAGAAAAAUAAAAAAUGCAAAUGUGUCAGUCUGUAAAGGCAUGUUUAACCUCAGCAAACAUUUACUCUCUAUGACCUCAAUCUGUAGUUUCAAGUGUUAUUUUGUGUAAAAUUGUCGUGUAAUAUUCAUUCAUUUAAAAAACGUUUUCCUGGUGAUUUCUGAGAAGCAUCAGUGUUAUGAGGAAGUAAUGUAUCAGAAACAGCCAGUAAAUGUGUCGUCACGUCUGCCUUUCAGCUCGUUUUAGUUCCUUAAAUAAACAGCACUCAGAGAGAACAAAGUCAACCUUGAACCUUGAAUUACUGUGAAGAUGUAUGUCAGUAUUCUGUUUACCGUCGAGGACACGUUUUACUCGCAGCUCACAUGAGAAA